AUGGCGACAUCACCGAGUGAUUCCUCUGCUUCUUUUGUCUCCCAUUCCUCUAGCCGUGAACCAACCCCAGAGUGGGAUCCUAUACCAGCAUAUGAGAAACAUGCACCUUUGCACUGGGAUGCAGAUGGAUGGGACUUUGAGGUUGCAUCGGAAUCCGACGGCGACCUCACCGACGGGGACGACCUCCAGCUCCUCGUUGACGGGGAGCUGGACUCUGACACCAGCACUGACUGGCGCACGACGGAGAAUCAUGACGAGAACAACAGCGGCAACGGUGACUACGGCAGCAGUGACGAGGACAGCGAUGGUAGUGGCGACGAUGACGGCGAUGAUGAUGGCUGGGCAAUCCAAUGCGAUGAGAUGCCUCCCAGCAAGCGUCGUCGGCUGCUGCAUGGCAACUCUGAGAUGAGUAGUGUAGAAGACUCCAGCCAUAGCGACACGGCAAGUGAUGAUAGCUCCAACAUAUUCCAACAAGAUGGUGCAGCGGCGGUUCUAGCUGCUUUCACUUCUCGUGCUGGGUUGCCUGGUUCUUUCCAUGACAUGGCAGUGCUGCUCAGGAGUUGUAUGGGAGAAGCAAACUAUCCACACCCACCAGCAGGGAGGUAUUAUCUAGUGGAUGCUGGUUACUCAAUUCGCGAAGCCUCCACCACCCUGCGUGCUCUCUGCCCCUCCUUCCUCGGCGUGCUAAAGUUCCUCAGCCAUGGCGCCCAGCAGGGAGCACAACCAGCGCCCCCUUCUGCUCUGCGGCCGCCAGCAGUCCCCAUUGCUAGGAGCUCGCCAGCAAUCCCCCCCACUCGGACCUCCAUUUCCUUUAGCUGCUGCUCGCCGCAGAGCUCUCUGCUGGUUUCUUCCCCGUCGCGUGCAGGGCAGCCGACGCCCCUGCCCUUCUUCUUCCAUGGGCGCGAGCUCCAGCUUGCCUGCUAUGGACGCCCAGAUUUUUCGCCCUCCUCCCUGGCCUCCCUUGCGCAGGGCAGCCAUGGCCGAGCUCCCCUAGCGAAGGUGCUCCUAGCAGUAGCUUCUUCCUCCCUGCGCUCAGCCUCCCCAACUCGGCGCCCUUGCUGCAGGCGAGCAGCAGCUCCCUGUCCAUGGCGCCCCUACAAAUCUUCCCCUUCCUCCCCCUGCUCCUCUCCUUGUUGCAGCGCCGGGAACGCAGCAACAGCCCUGCACAGCACCCCUGCGCGAGCCCCCUUCCUCGCUGUUCGUCGUGGUGCCCGCCGGCUGUUCGUCAAAAUGCGCAGCAAGCCGCGCGCUGCCGGCUCGCUGUUUCGUGAAGCCCUGUGGACAGCACGCCACCGACGCUCACCGUGGGUUGCUGUUUUUGCGCAGCCCCUUUGUCGUCGUCGUUCACCCCCGGAGAGGAACCCUGCGUUUUGCGAGAAGAAGGCCAAUCAUUCAACGCUCGUCGGAUGUUUGGAGCGAUGCACAAAUCGGAAUCACCGUCAUUCUUGCAAACACCGUUUAGGUUUGAUAUGGACCGAGAGAUGAUGAUCGAGCAAGUGAUGUGGUGCCA